AUGAUGUUUAAAUGGAAUGGGCUUUUAGCUGCAUUGUUGCUAUGUGUUAUUACUGUCGUGACUUCUGAGGAUGCUUCUAAAGGGUGUGGUUUUUCCUACUGCGCCACUAACGGACAAUACAAACAUCUGAGGAACGUGGAGAAGUAUUUGCUUUUCCUAAAUACUUCGCGAAAAGUGAAAGUGAACAAGAAAGGAUGUGACGGUUUUACGAAAAAUCUGCAGAAGUGCAACGGAGAAAAGAAGGACUGUCCCACAGCACUACAGUUGAAAUGGAAACAUAGGUUUCUAGAUGACUUUUUCGUUGACUAUUUCACGAAAUUUGGCGAACAUGCCUGCAAAAAUAUGAAAUCUGCUACCCAGCUGAACAAGUGCAUGAAGCCCGAGUUUCCUGCAGCUGCCGCGGCAUGUAUUCAGGAGAAAGUGAAAUUUGAUACCAAGUGCUUGCUUGAUGCCUAUACUGCUAACAAAAAAUGUUCAAAAGCUGUUGAUAUAUUUGUAGCUGAUCUUAUUGAGAACUACAUCGCCAAAUACCCGUACACCACUGCAGACUAA